CCUGCGAUCGGUUGACACCGACGGCUUGAGUGAGGCGCGGUGAAGACGACACGCAGACGUAUUUUAAAGUACUUCGGUCGUUGUUUUCUAUGUUUGAGUUGAAAUGAAAAUCGUCCGAUAAACCGAUCACUUUAGAAACAAUGGAUACUGGGAAGAUUGUUCACAUGUGGUCCCGGGAAUGCGCGUUUACUCGAAUUACCUGGAUUUAGUUUAUCAAACUGUCUUGAUUGUCAGGAUUAUUUAUGCAUCGCCGUGACGAAGAAAUUAUCCGGCUAGCUAACUAGCUACCUAAAUAACUGUCUUACGGACUAAAAAGUUGAAUCCAUAGUUUAGGCACAGCGGGAAUUUGGGAAUUGUGUGAAAAUCUUUGGUAGAUUUGUUUAACGCAAAGAGCGAAGAAAAUCGCCCAGUUUUGUCGUCUGGGGAAGAAGUCUGAUCUUCUGUUAGCUUAAGCGGGCUGGUUAGCUAUUUUAGCUAACUAGUCUGCAAAUCGCCGGCCGGGGUUUGCGCCCAAGCCAGGUGAAAAAAAGACGCUGUCCAUUGGCACCGAAGUUGCGAGGACCUCAAAGCUGAGGUGACAAUGCUUGAAAUAAUGUCUGAGCACCAAGAUUCAUUACUGAAAUGCAAGGCAGAGCCCCUGCCACCAGAGAGACGAAAGAGAACAGUAGAGGACUUCAACAAGUUCUGCAGUUUUGUCUUGGCCUAUGCUGGGUAUAUCCCCUCUCCAAAAGAGGAGAGACCGUGGUCUCCAGCCUCUUCCAGUUCUCCCCAUAGCUCUGGCACCUCAGCUGAAGGUGGCAUGGGUAGUGGAGCCAGCUCAAACAUGGCUGCAAACUGGGGGGGUGGCACCUCAGACCUCCAUACUAUUCACACCUUUGUGCGAAAAGCCCGUGCCAACAAGGGCGUCAAGAGCAUGCGACGCCUACCUUCUGACAGCACUCUGCUUGACAAAAUGAGACUAAAGGACUCCCUUUACGAGGGCCAGGCAGGCAGCAAAGCCGAGCGCAAGAAGGACAAGAAGCUUAAGCGCCUUUCUCUUGGCUCGGGUGCAGGCGAUAGCAGCAGUAGUGGUGGUGAAAAGCGUGCCAGAAUCAAACGCUCUAAAAACCCUAAGCAGCCCAAAGUCCUUAAGAAGUUUAAGAGUUCUGCGCCCAGUGAAACAGACUCUGAGACUGGCCUUGGUCAGGGAGAGGAGCAUUCAGAUCGGGGAGGGGUACCUGUGCAUGGGCUGCAGGCUCAGGGAGCCGGGCUGGUAAAGGCUGAACAAGAGGAGGCAACUAGAGAGGCAGAAAUGAGCUCCAGUGAAGGGGAGACGUGGAUAGCCGAUGAGGAUAUCAUGGUGGAGUCAGGUGACGACUCAUGGGAUUUGAUCACCUGCUACUGUGGAAAGCCCUUUGCUGGAAGACCCAUGAUUGAGUGCAACCAAUGCAGCAUAUGGGUUCAUCUCUCCUGCGCUAAAAUCAAGAAAUCCAAUGUGCCAGACAUCUUCUACUGUCACAAGUGCAGGGAUGCUCGACGGUCGAGCCAUAAAAAAGACAAUUAAAGAAGAUACCCACUUCCUGAAAGCCCCGAAUGAUCCCGUCCUCAACACCAUAACCUCAAAAACACUGUUUUUGAGGGGGAACGUUUUUCUCCAGUCCGUGAUGCUGGUUGGUGUCCCUCCUGCCCAUGUUGCAAAGUUAUUUACAUAUUUGACAAUCAUAAAGAUCACUAAAAUCACGAGGGUAAUUUCUUUAUGUUCACAGGCAAACUUAGAGAGUGGUUACAAAAGUAAGGUCUGACCACCACUUUGGUCUGGUUAUCAGGACUCACUGAUGUUUUAUGGUGAUGCUUUCAGAUUGGAAAGCUUUUUUAAAAAGAGAGAACAGUUUUGUCUGUCCACAUGAUGGAACAACCCAUGUACAGGUUAUUAAUUCCAGUGCUCAUUUUAGACAUCUCAGUUUUUUUGCUUUCAGCAUAAUUUUUAAAUCUAACAUUUUGAUUUGUGUGUUACAAGCUAUUAACAAGUAGGCAUAUUGAAAAUGUCUUUAGGUUGGUUACUAGUGCUUUAUGAUCUCUGUAUGAUUGUCAGCUCCAUGGCAAGCCGGUCAAUACCUAGCACUUACCAAUCAACCCCAGAUCACUCCGUGCUCAAGAGAGGGAACAUUUUCUUGGAUUUGUCCUGUCAGACAAACUUUACAGUAUCAGAUUGCUUUUUUUUGUUGUUGUUGUUUGUUUGGUUUUUUGUUUGUUUGUUUGUUUGUUUUUUUGUGGACUUUAUUGAAGAAACUAACUUUAAUAUUUACGGUGCCCCAUCCCUUUCCCUCUGCAUAGAAUUAGCAGUUUCGCAUUGUGUUAACUCUUUAUUUUUGGUUUACUUUUGAAGGAAAGUUUAAGUUUUGUGAGUUUUGAAUGAAUGGUGUUAAGAUUUGGAACAGCCAUCUGCUUUCUGCUAACACCCCCAGUUGUAAUUACUUUUUGUUCAAUUAUUGUUUAAAAAAACAAGGUAAAAGGGGUUUUAAUCUCUUAUGUGAGAACUGCUUCAGAUCACACCCAGAAUAUUAGACAUUGUGUAACUCUUUCAGGACAUUUGAAAGUAGUUUGGAGUCCAGAUCUCUUGUGUACAGAAAAGAGUUUAUGCUGCAAGAGUUGUGGCAUAUUUUGUUUGUUGAUUUUCUUUGUUUAUUGGUGAGGUGGGGGAGUUUCUUGAAAUCCCCAAAAGGUAGACUUUGACCCCCACCUCUCCUAUUUUUUUACUCUGUAAAUAUUAUAUCCUUUGAACUGUACAUAUAUGAAAGCAAAGAGAAAAGCCAAGCAAAUGUUAUAUUUUUGGCAUCUGAUGUUUCUUUAACUGUAUUGGAAGAAAUAAAGCCUUUUCUUUAUUGGG